CGCUAUUAUGGAUCUGUUGGGUUCAUCGAAUAGUCGUUUCCAUAUAGCUCCCAAUCGUUUCAAUAAGUUGCCAAAUAAAUUCGAGGAGUGACAUCCUUUUUGUCUAACUAGGCUCACUUCGAGGACGGGAAUUCGGGGGAGAAAUAAAGCUUUUGUUUCCCUUCUUGAUACAUUUUUACUCUAAUUGGAACUAUAGUGGCCGCGGCAAUUACUUCAUCUCAGUAUCUUCUCAAUUUGUCUAACGCGAUGUGGGACCUGGGCUAGCUAAACUUUGCUAGAGCUUUUGGAGUGUUCUAAUAAAUUUGAUUGCUAACUUCGAACAGUUGUGACUCUCCCUGAAGAGAGUCACAUAUGUUCCCUAUGUGUGUUCAUCUACGAAAAUUUUAUAAAAGACCAACGUGAUCCAUGUUUCUAGCGUUGACUGGCAUGCAGAAGUCACGUGACCGGGCACGAAACCUUAGGUCACGGCCACGCUAGUAUAUCUCUUCACGGCUAAAAUAGCUUUGUCUGUAUAAACCUAGGCUUCUUUUUAGGCCGGGUCAAUCCGGACAAAUCCGUUCGCUGGGAACCCUUUCGACCGUUUUGUUCCAGCACAGAAGAAAUCACUUCGAGUGAAUCGUUGAUUCCGUUUCGUAAAAGCAAAUGCACACUAAACGGAUAUGUUAGCCCCAGAAUGCUAUACGCAAAUGAUUCGGGGUAUAGUAAUGCGUAACAAAAAAAUCAUAGAGGAGGUUAGGGCAUGGUCUGAUGACUUAUUUAAGCAAGCAAAUAAUGAUCUCAGGGCAACUAUGUGCGGACUUUGAUAAAGUGCUCAAAUGUGCUGAUUUGAGGAAUCGGUAUUAUUUUGCGCCGGGUGCUUUGGAAACACUGGCUCUUGUUAGCGGAAUGAUCGGCCCUUCAAUUAGAGAGCUCAUCAAGCGUAAUUCGGAACCGUUUUAAGAUAAAUAACUCCAACAACGAUCCUAGUGGCUAUGUUAAGACAAAUCACAGGGUAUAUGGUCCCUGAUGAGAUGAAAUGCCUGCUGCUGUUUCGAGUACGUGGUCGGACUGGAGUUGUGGAAUAACAUUAUUAGUAAACACAGCCUAGCAGACUUGAAAUGUAUUUAGUAUCAUUUUUAUUUAAUGCUCGUAUGAUCCUAUUUAAUGUCUGUAAACAAAAGCGAUGUUUUCUCUCUGACUGUCGUCAACGGAAACCGUUAGUGUUCACAUAAUGACUUAAACGGUCGUAAUUACUGUAAGCUUUGCAGUUUUCCCUAGGCAUCUUAUAAUAUAUAUAUACAGUAUAAAGAUAGGAUAGAAUAUAAUAUUCACGUAUUGUGGCCUUCCAAACACCUCCUAUCAUUUUUAGGAGUUUCACAGAACCAUCGACAUAAAUAUGUACUUUGGAUUCACAGUGUACCCUUUUAGAUUUUUUUCGCGCUGUUUCAUAGUCAGGUGAUAUGGUGCCAACUCUCUGGUUUAACGUACCCUCAUUCUUGACAUAGUGAAGGGUUAGGCUGAUAUUGUCAGUUUUGAAAUCAGUGAUUACAUUAUUUUAUUAAUAUUGAAUUCCAAGUUUAGAAAACUAAAUGACUCCUCGAUAAUUUUUCCGGCGCAAUAAAAACCGACGAAAGUUUUCGGUUAUUCUUUCAAUCCAUUGUACGCAUCCUAAGCACAGGCAGGUCGGAAUCAGAUAGCAAAAGAACUGUCAGAACAGAACGAUGAGGAACCCUCAUGAGCGUCAAGUGGUUGCCUAGCAACGCUGGCCCAAAUGAAACGCCCUUUCCUCACUUCUCUUCACAUCAAACCAAAAACUCCCGUUUCUUGUCGUUCCAGACAAGCUUUUGUCCCCCGCUGCCUCCCGAAAAUCCAUUAACUCGUUUAGUUUCUUGUGCCUAAGGGUUUUCAGUAUUUUCGGAGUUCUACUUUCUCCAGUAAAAGGUAGGGGACAGUCAACUUAACGCGCUUUCUUCCAAACGGUAAGGGACGUGCCAUUGAUAUUGGAUCGACAAGGAUACAUCAGCAAGGAAAUAUACAAGAGCACGAAGGAUUGGAAAAGGAAAACGUGGUAAAGAGCGAAAACGGGUUUUUAUCAAACUAUGCUAAUACAUCUGCUGGGAAAGACGGCGGAGUUUCCCGUUGAUAUAUAGCAAAGUCGUUUCACUUUCUAAGCCUCCUGAUUCUUCACCCAGUUGGUCGGGCUAUUGAAGGUAAAUUGGAAGGUCGGGAGAGAAGACGUAAGGAAAAACUGACUAUGAAGAGCUUCGUUUUAUAUAAGAGCUCGACGCUGUCUGAUACUGCACUCGCAGCUACUAAUACAUGGGAGGACGCAGCUAGGUCGUAACGGAACUUUCACCACAUUCAAAUUGACUCGAGAGUGGUUUGCCAACUUGUCUAGGGAUCGGGUGGCAACAGGAUAGCUUAAGCUAUAAUAUAGCCCAGUGGGUGAGGGAUGCGAGACUCGUUCUUAGUUCUGUUCUCCUGGGUGAGAACUUCGAGGAGAAGAGUCAUUGUAACGAAGUUAAGCGGCGUACAUAGUAGCUGUGUAAGCUGAGUAAGAUCCAACUUCCUUUCGCAACACAUGUAUUACAACAUACAUGUUUUUGUCGAUUAUUUAAAAUAUAUCCUAUUUUGUAUAGUGUUACGUCCUAUAUGCGCUCCGUGAACAGGUCCGCAAUCAUCGUGUGCUACAUUUGCUAAUAAAAAUAUCUCAUUAGACACUCAUUAUAUUUAGCCAUAAUCGGUGAUUUGGAGCUUGAUUCGGGUGAAACUUACUACGGCAUGUUUCAUAGCGUUCUUGUACGCGUUGCCUAGUAGCCGAUGUUUGUGUGUAUAUACUAUUAGUGGCAUUCUUGUUGUUCAACGUUGUUCCAACCUCAAGUCUAGUUAAUAACAGCUUUAUUCAACACUCAACGAAACGUGUCUAGCAUAACAUGCUUGUAUAAGAGAUUCGACUUGGGCGAAGAGCAAAUUAUCGACGUUUUUGGCUCAACAUUGACGCCAUAAAAGACGGCCUUGUCUUGACAAGCUGACCAAAGUAAAUCAGCAUCUGAAGACACUACUUAAGGCACUAAGCUCUCUUGCUUUUUUCUUUCAAAGGUGUGUGUCAUCUGCCCUCAGUGGUAAGCGAUUGUUCCAUAUUCCAGACGGCUAAACCUACUCGAUUUCUCUGUCGACUUCUGUUGCUAGGGUGAGGCGCUCGCUCGGCAAUUCUGCUCGCUCGUUUUCUAGCCCGCAAAUCUACACGACGACUCUAAGCAGUAUCAGUUAAGAUGACAACUUCCAUGGCAAACCAGGUUGCAAUCCGGCCAUUACGAACCGAUGAAGUGCGAUACGCUGUAGAAAUCUGGAAGGAGCAAGGUCUCGAAGAGGGUGUAAAUACCCUACAACUGUGGCAUAAGACGGACCCUGAAGGAUUCAUUGGUGCUGUCGAUAAAGACACGGGCGAAGUCCUUGGUAGUUGCGCUGCCAUCCGCCAAAAGGAAGGCCUGUAUUUUGUCGGUCUAUACGCAGUUCGCACGAAGCUACAGGGACGGGGCAUCGGUAUGAAGAUGUGGGAUUACGCCAUGAAACGAGUCGGUGAUAGUAAUGCUGGCCUGAACGCCGUACCUAAACAUUUGUCGAAUUAUCGAGAUCGUGCGGGCUUUUCCCAUGUCGCGCCAUGGAACACAUGGGUUUACGCCUCCCCGUGGAAGGACGUAACGCUUGAGAAGCUCAUUUCAGCCUCUGAUGACUCAGUUACUCUGAGGCGCUGUUAUCCCGGUGACGAUGCGACACUCUCUCUGUUGGUCGAUUACGACGAAAAGGUGCAUAACUUCCGUCGCGAGAACGCAAUUCGUACAACGAUGAACGAUGACGACGGAUGCUUGAUGGUUGCUUUUAAGGGCUCAGGUGCUUGUGCUGGCUUCGGUAAAAUCAGCACCAAUAUUCAAGAAGGAGCACUUGUAGGGCCGCUGUACGCGGAUGACAUUAUGGUAGCCCAACAUAUUCUGCAUUCACUCGUAUCAGAUUUUGCACCUGCGAGAGUCACGGUAACAGCGUUUGCGAUGGAUGGCAACCCGGACUCGUGCCGCCUUUGCGAAGAACUUGGCCUCCAACGGCUCAUGGCAGUACCUAGGUGCUAUCGGGAGACAGGAGUCCCACAGGCCGACUUCAGUAAAAUCUUCGCCCAUCACACGCUCAAUUUUUCACUCUUCUAAAAUGACCGGUUUAACAAAAAAAAAGGCAAAAGCCAAGUCAGUUAAUUAUCAAGCUUAAUUAACUAAUGAGGAGUGUUUCGUGGUCCAGUAGCCGAGUAAACCUUUUAUUCUUCGCAGAAUGAUUACAGUUUCCACUAGUCUUAAACGGUUCGCCAGUGUUGAUUAUACUGGACAGAGAUCGUGUAAUUUCCAACAACGAAAUUCAAUUACAGUUGCUUGAUCAUUCGUUGUCUCCAGAUACGAGCUCUCUAGUUUAGUACAUGAUCUUUCAUACACCCUAUACGAACAAUUUCAAUAACAGUAAUAAUGUUAAAAUAUGAAGUGUUCGACGAAUUCGAGGCAGUGAAGAGUUGACAUUCUACAGUUGUUUUCUUAUUUGCAUCUUCUUUUCCGACAACAUUUAUUCAGGCCACCGGUAAACCUUUAAUACCGAUCUCCUAACAGCUAACGGCCUUAGUUUGUUAAGGUCAUGGGAAAGACUAUAUACACGUCUGUCUACAUAACUGGUCGGACUCACAACAUGGACAUUAAGCAUUAUAAUUAUUAAACUUGAUAUAUACGUUGAUUUAACGUUAUAGCAGUGGUUAUUCGGUAUGACCUUAUAUGCUACAAGUAGAUAUAUAUACACAUGCAUCGAGGCGGCGUCUUGGACGGCCAAGCUUCCGGUUGAACAAGAUCAGAAGUCGUUAUUUCAAGCCCCGCGAACGAUACUUACUACACAACCUGUGUGAAUAAAAAAAACUUAUUAUACCUACCAGAUAUAUCAAAAAAACCAAAAUCAAGCAUCGAAGAUCUAUGUGUCGAUACGCAAGGAAGAAUGAACUGCAAAACGCAUAAAGCUGCAGCGAAUACCAUAAACGCAUAUACGAAGCUAUAAUGGUAUGCAUUUAAACGGACAGUUCUGUGAAGACUUUAUGACACAAAUAUCUAUAAAUGUUCGGUUAUGCCAUAAUAAUAAAAUAUCCAAACUAUAAUAGAUAUACAUACUAGAUAUGAAAACUAUGUAUUAUUAAGCAUUUGUCAUCCUGUUAUUGCUAUUAUGAACAUGAAAAACAUGAAGUAAACUUACGCUGCUGUUAAUGUCGGCAACAUGUUAUAUAACUACAAAAAUUAAUGAAACAAUAAAAAUACAUUUAACAAAGGCAAAAAAGGUGCGACAGAAAACUUUGUAACACAGAAAAAUAUGGAACGGCCAGAAAAAAAUAUUAAAGGAGUGUUAGAAGAUGCUGAGGUACCUAGCAAAUAAAACGCCACAAAGGGUACGCAUUGGAUUUUUCAUGGACGUAUACAGUUUGGCGAGCUUCUAUUCGCGACGCUGCAGCAGAUGAAAUCUUUGAAAGAUGAAUAGCCCUCAAAAUGGCCAAAAAAGUAUAGGCCGUUUGGGAUACUAGAUUAUACUGAUUCGAACUGCGUUGCGGCAACGGCGGUUUGUUUAUCAUGAAAGGCAUUAAUUCGUAUAAGUGUGUAUUUCGUUUUACUUAUGAUGACGCAUGUGAAGGCGCUUGCUAGAUAAGCUGUUUUGCCCUACGAGUAUUUCUGAGACAAAGCGAGAACGAGGAAACCUAAAUCAUCAUUAAAAAGUUGCUUGUAGCGGCUAUCAUUAGGGUUGUGAGGAAGGCGUCUCACUGGAAACGUCAAAGAAAAGCCCAACUGAGACAGAAACUUUAUUGCAAAUAAUAACAACCAUUUUUGUAAUCGUUAUCGUAUGCAAUCGAUCGUUUUGAAAUCAAUUACCAAGAGUAGAGGCAAUGGCGAGCGGACUUGCGCCUUCUGACAGUCCCAUAAUUUGCCUUAGGCGGCUGAUCUGACACGGUAACUGAUAGGGCAACCGGCUGAAGUGAGCCGGUCACGUCUCAAAACAUCACCAGAAUAAUAGGGUAGGUCCUAGAACGGCAUGGGAUCAAUUUCGCUAUAAUGGUAGAAAUAACAGUAGUCCACUUAGACCAAGUAACAUAUAGACAGAACUUGUCUGCACCGUCCAUAUAAUCAAUAUUGUGAAAAUGGCCAAGUGCACUGAGGUACAGCAAAACACAGAGACAAACAACCUCACCACACAGUAGCAUGUUAUGGAUGUAGCCUAUCGGUAAUGUCAGAUUCGCGUUUUGCGAUGACUGCUGGUCAUUACUAUCAGUACUAUACUGAUCAUUGCUAGAAUCAACCGUGAUGAAAACAAAACACUACUAAAUGUCAAAUAUAUCGACACUGAGCGACAACGCCAUUGCACACAGAGGCAUUGUAUCAAAGUAAUCAACUCUAGUCAUUACUACAUCUAUACGCACUAUGAUUCUUCUCUGAUGUAAGCAAUGACUGUUUCUGCCAAUGGAAAACGACACGGCCAUAUUGGAGGCGUCGAAAAGGUGCAUGCAAGAGCGACCCCCUAUCAAACGUGAAACAAUAUUUAUCUGUACGCCCGUAUGUGUAUGAUCGUGAAUAAGAUUCGAUAUAAAAUAACACUAUUCAGCCUUAAAGUAAAAUCGCACCUUGCCAGAUUUCAGAGCUCGGUAGGGCUAACUUAUGAUAUUACCUAUGAUAGUUUCCAGUCGGUGACCUCUAAAUGGCGCGGUACUCGUGUACAAAAUAAACAAUGUGUUUUUCAUUAAUUAAUUAAUGCUUUCUUCCCAAGAUACUCAUGGGUAUAGUCCAUGUCACAACUAGCACACUGUUGGAAAAAGGGUUCGUCUUUGAAUUUGUAUAACCUUUCUAAACAACUUCAUUGGGGAAGAACUUCAAAAAAUGAUGACUUGUGUUCAGCCAUAGGUGGUUGCGCAUAGUGCUAUCGUACUCAAUGUUCCCUAACGACACUAACCGCAACUGACCGUUGGUUAGAUCGGCGAUAUGUAUGAACGUUAACACCCUUGAUUUGCAGCUACAGCUUGAAUGUUCACUGGUCAUUAUGGCGUGCUGAGCUUUGGUCCUAGAACGCUCUUCAAGGGCCUGCGACAGGAAUUGUAACGAAGAAGAAAAGAAGAACUGAAUGGGCUAUGCACGAGUGGUAAUGGAACAUAACGAUGAUAACGCAAUGCUGAAAGGCGUACAAUUUAAAUGUGCUCAACUCCCGACCUAAAACACGAUUUUUGGCCAGUUGCAAUAAACACACCGACGAAAGAAUAUCAGGUCUAAGUGUUUUCGAUGACUUACGCUGCAAUCAAUACUGAGAUUAAAGUCUGAACAGAAAAAUCACGAAAAUAGCCGGCUACUAGAGUACUAUGUUUUAUCAAUACCACAUCAUUCAAUAUGGGACCGCCGUCCCACGCAGGGCUAUGACGUAAAACCUGAAACCUAGACCUUGUAUCUUUGGCGUGUUUAUCUAAAGGUCACUUUAAUGAGCAGUCUAAUUAAGUGAUGAAUGUUGGAUGAUAUGCUCCAUCAACAGCGUAGAGUUGAGGUCUGGCGGGAUACCUGUGCUGCUGAUGCUGAAUUUUAAAUUUCGUAUUCUUCGAAGGAUCAUCGAUUUUCAACCCUACGCUACUUUCAUGCCUACCGUGUCAGGAAGUGCCAUACGUCGCAGUCUGUCCGUUAUCGAUUAACUAAGCACACCGAGCGCUGAAGUAGAACAUU